CUACAACUUAGCCUGCACUAAGCACGGCGAGAUGAUAAUUUUCCUCUGACCGUCAGACCGGUUCAGAUCAUUGGCUGGUGAAGCGGAGCGUUACCAACUAUUAUAUAUACGAUAUAUAAGAUAAUUAUUAUAAUUCACACGAUCGCCGUCCGUGGUCCGUGCAGCUUCACUGCCAUAGCAACCGUUGAAUAAUGAGAGGAGUUUGUGGCGUUGUUGUGUUGUUGUUUUGUGCAUGUAGGUCACUGGGAGACGAGACCGCAUCAAUUGGAAAUUCAGACUCGAUCUCAAAAAUAGAUAAUGUUGAAAACAUUGAAGUGCCAGAUAGUGCGUUGAUGUUCUGGGACGGAGUGAAUGUGACACAGUUGGAUCUGAAUGAAUACUAUUCGGUGUUAAGUCGGAGUCGAAAAAAGACCAAACAGGGGAAGCAGAAUGCGACGACAGCCACGACUGAAGCUCCGGAGGAGGAGACUGAUUCUGAGGGACUUCCCCUGACUCCUUGCAAGUGUUCGUCAGGCGUCUGCAACUGCUGCACGGGGUAUGUCCUGGGGCUGCUGAAUCAGAAAGCGUGCAUGCGGAUCACGUAUCACCCCGGAGAUUUCGCGUUCGAUGUUGCUAUGUCGUGGAAUGAUAGAGUUCUGUAUGAAAACUCUAUGUCAGGCAAAAACCCGAAGCCGAUAUGCAUAAGUCCGCCGCGGCUGUCGAAUAUGAAAGUGUGUGCGAAAUUCUACAACGUGUUCUUCCCGGGACGGAACUUUCACUUCUGCCUGGCGAUGAACGGCCAGUGGCAGCAGCUGGAGCUCUUCAACAUGGCCUUCAACUGUUUAAGGAUGGGUGCAAACGGCAUAGCCAUGAUAAGACCAGAGGACAACGGAGGUAUUUCCAUCCCGAACCCUCAAGGAGGAGUCGACGCCGUCAUCGACCAUGGAGAAGAUGACAUCGAGGAGUAUGACGAGAACUUGGUCAAGUCAUUGUUCGGAGUUUUUGAAGAUGAUGACCGAUAGAUACUCAACCUAACGAAGAUUAUAAAUAAGUACUGAGAUAUUAAUGUUAAUUAUUUAUUUGCAUAGAGUCUAAGAAAUUAACAUGCCUACCUAUACAUAUUUAUUUCUCAUUAGGUAAGUUAUUAAACAAAAAGUGUUGAAGUCGGAA